AUGGGGGCUGUAACAGAGAGCGUGUCCCGUAAUAAAAUCAUCGAGAGAACAAUACAGCAACGUUUAAUCAGUCAAAACAUUGCCUCUGUUGAUGCUAUCACAGAUUUCCGACAGCCAUCACUUAAAUACUCGAAGGCGCGGACUAUGCGCAGGAAAUUGAUAUUACAUGUUGGUCCAACGAACAGUGGAAAGACUCAUAGUGCGUUAUUGGCGCUAUCUAGAGCCAAAACUGGUAUCUAUGCCGGUCCAUUGAGGUUGCUGGCUCACGAAAUAUUCCUCCGUCUGAAUCAAGGCACCAUUAGUCCAGGUAUUGGUACAGAUGGAAAACCCCUUCCACCAGGUCCGCCAAAAACAUGCAAUUUAUACACUGGCGAGGAGGUUCGCAUAGUUGAUCCAGAGUCAGGCCUUAAGAGUUGUACAGUUGAAAUGGUUCCACUCGAACAUGAAAUUGAUGUUGGUGUUAUCGAUGAAAUUCAGUUGAUAGCCGACGAUUCAAGAGGCCCAGCUUGGACAGCUGCCGUGUUGGGCAUGAGAGCUAAAGAACUCCACAUAUGUGGUGAAGAAACCGUCGUUGAGUUGCUAGAACGAAUUGCAAAAGAGACUGGUGAUGAGAUUAUCGUUAAUCGCUAUAAACGUCUGACUGAAUUGCGAAUCGGUAAACCAUUAAGCACACUCAAGAAUGUUAGAAAGGGAGAUUGUGUUGUCACGUUCAGUAGAAGUGGUAUAUGGGCUCUUAAGAGGAAGAUUGAGGAUGCAACUGGCCUCCGUUGCGCAGUCGCGUAUGGUGGUCUUCCACCUGAAACUCGAGCAGAACAAGCGAAGCUCUUCAAUGACAAGGAUAGCGGCUACGAUGUUAUGGUAGCUUCAGACGCCAUCGGAAUGGGUCUGAAUUUGAAAAUCCGCCGUGUCGUCUUCGAGACAGUGCACAAAUGGAAUGGGGUUAAGGAAGUACCUCUGUCUAUAUCACAAAUGAAGCAAAUUGCAGGACGUGCUGGUCGCUAUGGAGUAAAUGAGAAAGAAAAUAUCAUAGAGACAAAUAAUGCCAAGGUUGAAGACGAAGAUGAUCAAUCCGGUGUAGCUACCACUCUUAAUCCAAUGGAUUUGCAAAUCUUAGAAAGAGCAAUUAGCGCCAAGAUACCAACUAUCAACAAGGCUGCUAUCGGUAUAUCGACUGAUGCUUUGAAAGAUUUGAACAACCUCAUGCCUUCUCGGGCAUCACUAGGUGAUCUGAUAAAAACGCUGACUGGUUUAUUGCGAGUCUCUAACAACUAUUUCGUCACUUCAAAUCAAAAUCUUCUGCAAAUGGCUGCCAUAGCUAACGAACCACUCUCGCAGUUACCGAUAGAUGAUGCAUAUAGAUUUGCAAUGGCGCCAUGUAAUACACGUGAUGCGAACGUUGUUGCUGCAUUGUGUAGAUUUAUUGAUGCACAGGCAAGCGGUGAGACGAUUGAACCCAUAAAGUCACUGGAGGGACUCGGUCUCAAGGAGCUCAAGGAUGUUGAAAAAGUAAUCGGAAAUCCUGCAUAUAAGAAGCCGCUAUCACCAGAUACACUCAACUCACUUGAGAGUCUACAUAGAUCACUAGUACUCUAUACAUGGCUCAGCUUCAGAUUCACACUCGACUACACAAGACGUAGUGUAGCUCAAGAUCUUAAAGUGAGGACCGAGAGGUGUAUCGAGUACAUCCUUGAGAAUGUCACCUGGAUUAGCAAACAACGCCAACGUAGAAGAACACCACCAAAACCAGUAAUCAUGGAAGGUUUACCGGAUGCAUAG